CAAUGCAGUUCUCGGAAAUUAGACCAAUUGUCCUCUACCUCUUGUGCUUGUAAGUAUGUAAAUGUAAUUACAAUGUCCUUACGCACCAGUAUCACAUCCUUCUCGCUCCUUAGAGAGAGAGUAGCACUUGCAAUCUUCUCAUUCUAAGAAGAUUCGUGUAUGUUUUUGCUUGCGAUUUUUGUCCUCGGCGACGUGGUCUAAGACGUAAUUCAUAGGUGAAGGUGCGUACGACUAGCACUAGGUAGACUUCUGCAGAGGCGGCGUCGACUUGUUUUCAGGCGUUCACGCAGCCAUGGUCGCCCCUGUGGAGGCGACCGAAGGGGCUUCUUGGAGUUUCGAGCUUGGUAUACCUAUACUAGCGCGUCUGCAGCAGUACAACGAUGCGCAGAAUUGUGAGAGCGUUCAUGGCACAAAUUGUACUAACAUCUUCAUCCAGCAGUGUCUGUGGUAGCCCCAGCCUCCUCAAAAUCCACUAACCACGCUUCGGGUGCUAGUCCAUCUUGUGACGUAUGGUGGGGCUCUUCGCCUUGCAGGACCCUACUUCAUAUCGUUUCCCUCACGAGUACCAUGCAACUCGUGUGCGUCGUCCCAGGACCUUCUGCGUAUGGCUCCGACUCAAGAAGAAGAACUCGAAAGCCUCUGUGUUGAGACGCAGCUGGAUAGACUGCUGGAGAUCGAUGCUGCGCUGACGGUCCGCAGCUGUUUGCGCACUGGGGUCCAUGUUUUUGACAACAUUGAAGAUUCGCAUGACCAGGAGGAGCGCCUGCUGAGUGACGAUAACAGUAUGGGUACCACUACCAGCCGACCAGUCCAAGGGGUUUGCGCAACCUUCUUGAGUGAAGGUAUUAUUUAGAUUCUCACCGUCACCCAGUUUGAGUUUGUCCAAGUCCACUGAUCAUUGUGCAAACGCAGCAAAGAGAAAGAAACUAUAAUUUCAGAAAUAAAAUAAAAAUUUCCACUUUUUCAAGUAGAAGUUGCUCUCCUUGCUUUUUCUCUUACUGAGUAAUAUGGGCUACUGUGCUUUCAACAUCCAUGCCGCUGUUCUUGACAAACUUCAGAUAUUAUGGAUGAAGAUGAUGUGGACGAAAAACUGUAUGCGUCAGCGCGUCAAGCCGAAAUCGCGUCAUUUGGGCGAAAUGCUCCUGCGAGUUGUCGCACGGCUCCGUGGCAGGCAAAAGUGAAACAGGAGCCGAUGCGAAAGCGACCGUUAUCAGCGAGGCGCUGGGCAAAUGCGGAUACUCGCCCACCGCGCGUCACAUCUGUCCGAGACAGGGGCGCUGAAGUCGCAGGCACAGGAAUUGCUCGUGCGGUAGUUAUGCGCUCGCGGAGGACUGGUGUUUGUCCGAUUGCGGGGGCUGCGCCAGCCGCUUAUAGCAAGCGGGAGAGCGGCUCGGGGAUCAAGUCGAUGACGCAGUUACAGCAUCAGAAUCGACUCCAAAUUCGUUCGGCGCGUUGCAAGGCCACAACUGCAAGCGACACUCAGGUUCGCCGAAUUAUACUGCACGCACGUGUUGUAGCCAUGCCGUCCUCAAAGAAGCACUUUUGCCGCGAGUGCAAAAGCCGCUUGCUUCGGCAUUGCCGAAACGAGUAG